AUCAGAAUAGUUCUGAUGGGAAAGACCGGCAGUGGAAGGAGUUCAACAGGAAACACCAUCCUGGGAAGAAAAGAGUUUGAAGCAAAACCGAGUCAAAGAUCCGUCACAAAGGAAUGUGUGAAGGAAAAGACUGAAAUAGAUGGACGGUCAGUUUCUGUGGUCGACACACCUGGACUGUUUGACAGCAGUUUGAAUCUGAAACAGAUUCAGGAUGAGCUGAAGGAGUCUAUAAAGCUCCUGGUUCCAGGUCCUCAUGUCUUCCUGCUGGUUGUUCAGAUCGGCAGAUUCACACCAGAGGACAAGGAAACGUUGGAAAUGAUCAAAGAUAUAUUUGGGAAGAAUUCAGAGAAGUUCACCAUCGUUCUUUUAACCGGAGGAGAUUUGUUAGAAAGAGACGGCAUCACUGUUGAAGAUUAUAUUAGGUAUGAAUGUGAUGAUUCUUUGAAGAAUCUGAUUGCUGACUGUGGAGGGAGAUACCAUGUGUUUAAUAAUUUUAAUGUAGAAAAUCGAUCUCAGGUCAGAGAUCUGAUCAGAAAGAUCGAUGACAUGGUGAAGGAAAAUGGAGGACAAUGCUUCACCAAUGAGAUGCUGCAGGAGGCUGAAGCUGCUUUACGGAAGAAAAUGCAGGAUAUUGGAAAUCAGAGAGAAGAAAUUAACAGAAAGAUGGAAGGACUUGACAGAAAACGUGCUGCAGAAAAA